AUGGAGCCCGACGGUGAACUGAACGACCUGCGGCUUCAGUUCAAGGCGCUGCAGGACCAGCAGGAGAAAAGAAGAGCGGGCAGGAAAAAGAAGAAAGAAGAAGAAGAAGCAGGCGGGCCGGAUGAUUUGGACCUCUCUCAUCAAGGUGUUCAGGGAGACGAUCUCCAACACAGACUGCUACAGGACGAAAAUGAGAAUCUGCUGGACCGGCUGAGGGAGCUGAAGGAUGAGAACGGUCGUCUCUUCAAACUUCUGAGCGAGAAGGACUUUGAAUUAAAACACCUGAAGAGGAAGAGAGAAGAAGAGCGACUGGUUUUAACAGGCACGUCAGGCCUGGCCGGUGACAUCGCUGCCACCAAGAUCGUUGAGCUGUCCAAGAAGAACCGAGAGCUAACGGCCGAAACCGAGCGAGAAAAGAUGAAAUCCAAGCAGAACGUCAACAGAGUCAAAGAGCUCGAGAAAGAGCUGCAGGUGGCGUCGGUGCACUGUCCGCCCGGGUCAAAGGUUAAGGGGUCGUCUGAAGAUUGCGAGCAGGAAAAUCCGGCGGUGAAAUCUCUGCAGGACAAAUUAGCCGCCGCCCAGCUGAAAGUGUCCGAGUACCGGAACCAGGUUCAGUCCGUCAAACAGGACUUGAAAGUGGCUCAAAAGGUUUUGACCUGUGAGCUCGGAGAGGAGGUCAGCUUUCAGCAACUACUGAGCUGCCCGGGGAGCUUCAGAGGUCGCGCGCAGCAGAUACUGGCUCUUCAGAUGAGGGUGCGGGAUCUGGAGCAGCAGCUGAACAUGUCGACCCAGCGAAGGCAGCCGAGCGUCCCCAGCGGAGAGGACGAGUUCCUGGGCAUCGGGGCCCUCCAGAAGACCCCUCCGCAAGACCGGAACCUCAGCUACAUCCGCACCAUCGAGAAGGAGAAGAGGGAGGCGUUUGAGAGGAUCUCGGUGGACUACGAGGCCCUCCUGAAGGACCACGAGGACGCGAGGAAAAAGCUAGACGCGUCGAGAGCCCGGAGCAAAUCUCUGUCCGCCGAGACGAAAUCUCUGAAGGCCCAGAUCUCUACCCUCCUGGAGAAGGGUCGCCACGACGAUGAGCUCGUGGAUGCUCUGCUGAAGCAGCAGACUCGGAUGCAGGAGGUGCUGAGUCGGCUCGGCCGGCAGCAGAACGCGCCGGGCGAGGAGGCCCGGCAGCAGCAGCAGCAGCAGCAGCAGCAGCAGCAGCAGCAGCAGCAGCUGGGCCGCGAGCCUCCAGCGCACGCCGCCGCCAUCCAGAAGCUGCAGCACGUGGUUGCUGAGCGAGAGGCCAGGGUCAGGGAGCUGGAGGAGGAGACCCGGCGGCUCCGUGUCAAGGAAGAAGGCGCGGAGAGGAAGUCCAGCCUCAAGGCGGCUACGUGCAGUUCAGGAUUCACGCCAGAAGAGGGAGACAUUAACAAGGGAAUAACAUCUUCAGGGUAUGUGGGAUAUCAUGGCGAUUCUGUAUGA